AUGGCGCCGGAAUGGACUGCUCCUGGGAAGGCCUCGUACUACGGCUCCCCGAAAAGCGGACAGACUCCUGCCGUCACAGGGUAUCCUACCGCUCCUCCGCCGCCGCCGCGUGUCGCGUUCCUCGAGAUUGACGUUUCGGACGACUGGAAGCAGCUGGAACAGCUGUUUGGGGGCCAUGCGCGCGGGUUUGACGGCUGGACGCCUCCAAUUGCGAUGCCGCGGACAAAGUUGACGACAAGCGGAAUCAGCCCAAAAGUGGCGGCGAGAGGCCCCGUGGAAGUCGAGGAGGAUCUGGAGGAGGAUCUGGAGGAGGCUGGAGAGGUGAGACCAGCGCAGGCUCGCCAGGAUGCUGCCGCUGCCUUCCCCACGAGCUUGAAGAGUUCGAAUGUUCUGGGCCACGAAGGCGAUAUGGCCGAACAGGUGGCCAACCAGAGCAGCCAAGUGCCUCGGGCCACGAAACUCGAGUGUCUCUUGCAUCGAGGUCAAACAGAAGAUAAACAGAAGAAGACCGUGCGUGGUGUUCAGAUCGAACGGCUUCUCAGUUACCUGGCUCUUCUCCCUCCGCCGCCGCCGCCGCCGCCGCCGCUGUUGCUGUUGCUGUUGCUGCUGUACCCACUGCGACAUGUCGUCCACCUUCUGCCCCUUCACGCACAGCAGCUGCUUGGUGGUUCUGAAGUGGUUGAUCAGCAAAAGUCGAGUCGGAAAAGUUCUGUAUGUGGGAACAACCGGUGGCAUCGACCUGUGGCUGGCGCAGAACAUUAUUUCUGUGGCGGCGGGCUCCCAUCGCCCCCUUCUUCCGAACACUGGCGCUUCGUGGCACAGCUUGCGCAAGACCUCGCGAGACGCCGGUCCAGUAGCAAUCCGCUCGUUGUCGGCGAGAAUGAUGGUGGCAAACACGCCAACGACCCACACAAAAACACCGACACCGACACCGAAGUCGAGCUGGUCCUCGUCAGUUAUCCACUGGCCCCAAAAAUCCGGCGAGCGAGAGCUUGA